ACUAAUUUUUUUGGUUGUCCACCCGCCCUCCUCCUGCCCCUCAAUCAUCCGUCUCAGUAUUUAUAUUGCACCAAAGAAGCCGUUUCGGCCUUGGUGCCUCAACUUGCCUUCUGAGGUCACUUUUCAAACGCUGGAAUAUUUUGAUCCAGAAGUUGUACGAGGACGAGUUCCUGCGUGUGAACGAAUGUCACUUCUGCCCAGCGUAGAUGAGCCUCAUUACGACCUCGACUGAUUAUCUUAAAUUAGUUGUUACUGCAGCUACUAACGCAUUCAAGAUUGUUCGGCAAGUGCUUCUCAAUCACAGAACGACGUCUGACAGGAAACAUUACGGCACAGAAGGAGGCCAUUCAGCCCAUCGAGUCCAUGCUGGCUCUAGAGAAACCCAGUCAGGCAUUCGUGAUUGCUGCGUGGAAUUUAAUGAUCUGAAUCCAGGAUCCAGUUUAUACCAUGGUUACCACUGGACUGGAGUGGGAUUUUCACCCAAACAUCAUGUCAGAAUCUGAAGUAUCAGGAUCCGGGCCAUCGUAAGGUAGAGGCUGAAAUAUUGAGGACUGUGAAGAAGUUUACGGAGGACCACAAUUAUCCAGAUCAGCCUUUGCACCGCACGGACGCUUGGAUUUGACGCUUGCCUGAUCAAGUUGACUUGUUGCCCGCUGUACAAGAAGCAAAGAUCUCGAUAUAUUGGACUUCCAUGUACUGUAAUAUAGGAAAAAAUGUGUGAGUUGAAGAGAGGCCCUUUUGGUUGGCUUAUUCUGUGUGUGCUCCUGCAAGAAAACCUAGAGAUAACAUUAGUAAAGACUGAAAUGCUAUCAGCGGAAUUUAAAGAAACUGGCGAUGGGGCUAUCAGUGAUAUGAGGCAGAACAAAACGGAAGUGGAAGAAACUACGACAACGAGACAAGUACCUUAUCCAAUGGAGGACCCCACUAACUGGAACUAUGCUAUGUUGGUGCUUGCAUUCAUUGCAUUGUUCCUGGGAUUCCUCAUUCUGGUUUUAUGCUCUAGGGCAAACAAGAAGAAAAAGAUGAAGGCACUGAAUGAAUUAGAGAGCAUGAAUGCAAAAGAGAGUGAGCCAGUGCAGAAGAUGAUGCUACAGUAUUCAGAUGAAAUUGACAGCCCUGCAGAGACUGACCAGAUGUUACCGACCAAGGAGACCUACAUUUCCUUGGACCAGGUGCCACAGAGUUCAUCUCCAAAAAUCUCACCCGAACCUGGACAGAUCGUGAUCGAGUGGAAGGAUGGAAAAAUAAGUUCCCUUUUCCUGGACGCAAAGGAAGAUCAUGUGUAGAACCUCAAGUUACAGGACUGAGCUUGCGAUAAAGAAUUUAUUUUUUAGAUUGAAAGAAUUGAUUUUUGUAAAAUGCUUCAAGCAAAUAAAAGGACAAAUAGAUAGCA